GUCGGCUUCUCUCACUCUCUCUCCCUCUCUCGCUCCCUCCCCUGUGCAAUCGACGGGAGGUACAACCUCUUGAAUCCGACGCUCUCGCUCCCUCGUCGCUGACGUUGUUGCUAGCUAUUUGUUGGUUGCCAGCUAUUUCUCUCUCUGCCAUCGGCAGGUGGGUUUUCGAUUGCCAUUGCCCUUUUUUUUGGCCCGCCGAAGACGAUGGUGAUGCCGACGUCGAUGAGAUGAGGGCGAGGUUCUGAGGAAGAAAAAGAAGAAGAGGUUUGGUGAAUUUCUUGAUCCCCCCACUUCGUUGCAAGGUUUAAAGAUUUCGUAGUGAUGUCGGCGCUUUUCAAUUUCCACUCUUUCCUGACAGUGGUGUUGCUUGUCAUCUGCACUUGCACGUAUAUUAAGAUGCAAUUCCCCACUAUUCUUGCGCAGAGAACUGGGUUCCGAGGGUUUUUCUGGAAGGCUGCUAGGAUAGGUGAAAGGUUAAGCCCGUGGGUUUCUGUGGCGUGUUUGUGCAUGGGUAUUUCUAUCAUAGUCUUCUGAGGGUAUCGUUGACGUCUUCUACCCAAAUGUUUGCAGCUGGUCAGCUGGAGAUGACUAUUUUUCACUAUUUUGAGCACUGCUCUCUCUUUCUUGCUUGUUCAAUUGUUGUGAUCAACUGUUAGCAAAUUGACCGUACUUUAUACAGUUUAACCAUUUAAUUGUCUGCGUUUUGUUCC